GGGACAGGACAGAGGAGGGGGACAGGACAGAGGAGGAGGACAGGACAGAGGAGGAGGACAGGACAGAGGAGGGGGACAGGACAGAGGAGGGGGACAGGACAGAGGAGGGGGACAGGACAGAGGAGGAGGACAGGACAGAGGAGGAGGAGAUAUGAUGAGAUUAGGUGAAGGAGGGGGACAGGACAGAGGAGGGGGACAGGACAGAGGAGGGGGACAGGACAGAGGAGGGGGACAGGACAGAGGAGGAGGACAGGACAGAGGAGGAGGAGAUAUGAUGAGAUUAGGUGAAGGAGGGGGACAGGACAGAGGAGGGGGACAGGACAGAGGAGGAGGAGAGAUGAUGAGAUUAGGUGAAGGAGGGGGACAGGACAGAGGAGGGGGACAGGACAGAGGAGGGGGACAGGACAGAGGAGGGGGACAGGACAGAGGAGGGGGACAGGACAGAGGAGGAGGAGAUAUGAUGAGAUUAGGUGAAGGAGGGGGACAGGACAGAGGAGGGGGACAGGACAGAGGAGGAGGACAGGACAGAGGAGGAGGACAGGACAGAGGAGGGGGACAGGACAGAGGAGGAGGACAGGACAGAGGAGGAGGACAGGACAGAGGAGGGGGACAGGACAGAGGAGGAGGACAGGACAGAGGAGGGGGACAGGACAGAGGAGGAGGACAGGACAGAGGAGGGGGACAGGACAGAGGAGGAGGACAGGACAGAGGAGGAGGACAGGACAGAGGAGGGGGACAGGACAGAGGAGGAGGAGAUAUGAUGAGAUUAGGUGAAGGAGGGGGACAGGACAGAGGAGGAGGACAGGACAGAGGAGGGGGACAGGACAGAGGAGGGGGACAGGACAGAGGAGGAGGAGAUAUGAUGAGAUUAGGUGAAGGAGGGGGACAGGACAGAGGAGGAGGACAGGACAGAGGAGGAGGACAGGACAGAGGAGGAGGAGAUAUGAUGAGAUUAGGUGAAGGAGGGGGACAGGACAGAGGAGGGGGACAGGACAGAGGAGGGGGACAGGACAGAGGAGGAGGACAGGACAGAGGAGGAGGAGAUAUGAUGAGAUUAGGUGAAGGAGGGGGACAGGACAGAGGAGGGGGACAGGACAGAGGAGGAGGACAGGACAGAGGAGGAGGACAGGACAGAGGGAGGAGGACAGGACAGAGGAGGGGGACAGGACAGAGGAGGGGGACAGGACAGAGGAGGAGGAGAUAUGAUGAGAUUAGGUGAAGGAGGGGGACAGGACAGAGGAGGAGGACAGGACAGAGGAGGAGGACAGGACAGAGGAGGGGGACAGGACAGAGGAGGGGGACAGGACAGAGGAGGGGGACAGGACAGAGGAGGGGGACAGGACAGAGGAGGCGGAGAUAUGAUGAGAUUAGAUGAAGGAGGGGGACAGGACAGAGGAGGGGGACAGGACAGAGGAGGGGGAC